UAAUAUGUCAAUAACAAUAAGCUUGCUUCUUAUCAAUAUAACGUGAAAGGUAAUCUGCAAUUGAAAUUUAAUCUUUUUCGACCUGUCAACUAUAUGUGCAAGUUCUUACAUACUAAGAUUUUAAGUAACCAUUUUCGGCCCUGGUCCUAAUCUUAUCUAAAUUUCAAGCAAAUACCUACCUAUUACACACAAUUCACCAGAUAAACAUUUUUGGAAUUCAUUUCGAACAUGAAAAAGCAGUGUUACGUGUUGUAAGGAGCAAAUUUAAGUGAACCGUUUUAGAAGAAUACCAAAAUGUCUCGCAGUAAAAAGUUUGGCGAUCUUGUAGGAUCUAUCGACGAAGGUACCAGUUCUGCACGAUUUAUUUUGUUUCGGGCAGAGACUAGCGAAAUUGUGUGUUUCCACCAGAAGGAAUUAGGUCAAAUUUACCCUCAAGAAGGAUGGGUUGAACAAGAUCCCAAGGAAAUUAUUGCUGUUGUUACGGAAUGUAUAGAAAAAACAAUUGAAAAAUUGCAUGAGAAAGGCGGAAGCGUCGAGGACAUAGUGGCAGUUGGUGUCACUAAUCAACGAGAAACAACAAUCGUUUGGGACAAAAACACUGGCGAACCGCUUUACAAUGCUAUCGUAUGGCUAGAUAUGAGAACGUCAUCUACAGUAGAUCAGUUGUUGGAGACAGUACCGAAUAAAACGCGCAACAAAAACUAUCUAAAACCGCUUUGUGGUCUUCCAUUAUCGCCAUAUUUUUCAGCUGUAAAGUUACGAUGGUUAAUAGAUAAUGUACCAAAGGUUAAAACGGCUAUAAAAAAUAAAAACUGCCUUUUCGGAACGGUAGAUACAUGGCUAAUCUGGAAUCUUACCGGUGGUCCCGACGGAGGUAUUCAUGUCACCGAUGUGAGCAACGCUUCACGUACCAUGCUGAUGAACAUUGAAACCCUUCGAUAUGAUAAAACUUUGGGAAAGUUUUUUGAUGUUCCUUUCGAAAUAUUGCCUGAUAUUCGCUCCAGCUCCGAAGUAUAUGGUCCAAUUCGCAUGAAAGCACUAGAAAACGUUCCACUUAGUGGUUGUCUCGGUGAUCAGCAGGCCGCUAUGGUGGGCCAGGAAUGUUUGAGUCGUGGUAAAGCAAAGGCCACUUACGGAACAGGGUGUUUUUUGCUUUAUAACACAGGAAACGCCUUAAUAGAGUCGACCCACGGACUUAUAUCAACAGUAGCCUAUCAAAUGGGACCAAAUGCAUUACCUAUAUAUGCAUUGGAAGGAUCGGUGGCUGUUGCAGGAGCUGCUCUUGGUUGGUUACGUGACAACCUAAAUCUUCUAAAAAAUGCCAAAGAAUCAGAGGAGGUGGCAUUGUCGGUGGAUAAUAACGGUGAUGUGUAUUUUGUUCCUGCCUUUAGCGGACUAUACGCACCGUACUGGAAUCAGGAUGCACGAGGAGUGAUUUGCGGUAUAGCCGAGGACACAAAGCGUGGACAUAUCGUGAGGGCCAGUCUCGAGGCGGUAUGCUUUCAGGUGCGUGAUAUCCUUGAUGCUAUGAACAAAGAUUGUGGAUUUCCUCUGGUUAAGCUGAAGGUGGAUGGCGGAAUGACAGUGAACUCGCUGUUGAUGCAAUGGCAGGCGGAUUUGAUUGGCCUGGAAGUACAAAGACCGAUAGUUGUGGAAACAACGGCCUUGGGCGCCGCAAUGGCUGCCGGACGCGCUGUCGGUUGCUGGGAUAUUGACAAUGUUAGCGUGGAAAGCAACUGCACGUCCUUCAAACCCCAGAUAACGGAAGACGAACGCGAUAUGAGAUAUAGCAAAUGGAAACUGGCGAUAGAACGUUCAUUUGGUUGGGAAGGAAACACUAUGAUAUGAGAACCAGUGUUCAAAGGUCGUCACAUGUUUUGGUUUUAAACUUCUGGUCACAUUCUUUUAAUUACACAAUUUAUUGAUGUUUACGCUUGGCGAGAAAUAGUAAUAUUACAAAGUUAAAAAAUAUAUCGAGGAUAAACGAGGAUUUCUGUUAUAGUCGCGGUACAAAGUAUUGAAUAGGAGUUUAGCCUGUACAUUGUUGAUUCAUGUUGAUAUAAAUUAGUAUGACAAAAUCUGAA